GACCAACAACAAGUUGUAAAGUACAACCGAUUCAAUCUUCAAAAUGGUUUGCAAGGGCUGUGGAUCUAACUGCAAGUGCACGUCGACCAAGUGCGGCGAUAAUUGCGCCUGCGAUCAGGACUGCAAGUGCGCCUGCAAGUCUGGUCCCAAGGAUAAGUGCUGCACCACCAAGGCCAAGUGAUUCGCCAGGGUAUCCUUUCCCUGACAGAAUGAGCAAUAAAAUAAAGUAAACUUUAAGCUGUUA